GAUUAUAAUUUAUUCUGAUUUAAAAACCUGAUACAAAAAUCCUUUUCAAAUGAACUUGACACAAAGAAAAAGUAAUUCAAAUGGUUUCUUGUGAUCUGAAAGCUCGUUAAAAUAUUUUUAAAAAUUAUAUAGAGUGCUACAAUAUAUCCUGUCAUAAAAACCCACUUCAAUGGGUUAACUUCUACCUCGUUUUUUCAAUAUUAUUACGUCUGUUAAAUGCCACAAAUUGUUUAAUGCGUCGGCUUGCACUCUGCUCUCCACCACCGCCACUCCUCUAUAGAGGGCUCUCCAGCAUGAAAACCACCGAACGAUUUAUGCAAAUGCAACCAAUGCACUUAGCGCCGUUAAAUAAACAAAAGCAUUAUCAGCACCAGCUCCAGCAGCAGUAGUUCCAGCAUCCACAGCAAGACAAUGCAUUAAAUUCCCUUUGCGAUGGCAACACACAUCAAAAAUUCACUAUGCAACUUAUCUAAAUGCACUAAAUUACACAUUAAGCAAGUAUCUUAAAUCAAGACCUGCACACGGACACAAUCUAAGCGCAUAAACAACAAGAACAAACGAUGAUGCCCCCCUGCAAAAUGUAAAUUUUACAAGGGGAAGCUGCUGCUGCUGGAAGCUCUGUUCAGGCAAAUUGAGUUGGCAUGGUCAGGGACUAGUCUCUAGACUCAAGAGUUGCCCAGUUGCCCUAGCUGCUUAAUUUGCGUGCGAGCUUAUAUUUUUUUUCUUGUUGCUCCAAGGCACAAGGCACUGGCUGCCCUGCAUCGAUUAUGUAAAUGCGAGAAUUUCCAUUAAAUGCAUUGAAUUCCAUUACAAACGCAUCAUCAUCAUCAUCAUCAUCUUCAUCAUCGUGGGGAGGAGGGAAGAAACUGUUAACCCGCCAGACUGCCCCCGAUUCGUACAGAGAUCUCAGCUCUGGGCGCCCAUUGUCUUGCGGUUGCGAAUUUAUAGCUCAGCGAACUGCCGUUCCCCACAAUGAAGUCAUUUGCUGUGGAAUGUGUUGUUCGACGAGCAAGUGAAAAUGCCUGUUGUGUUCGCCCCCCGAAUAUCGUAAAUCGCUUACUGGCCAGGCCGCGUCGUCUGUUUCUCGUAGGUAUUUUCAUUAGCCAAACACAAAUUGAGGCAACACGACACUGGACGACAAUACACAAGCUGGAAACUGAAAACAGAAAACUGAAAACCGAAACGAAAGAAAAACACUUAACAUCAACACGAAAAAAAAAACAGACAAGGCUAAGCGGGAGUUGGUAGUAUGUAGUAUGUGGCUUAGCCCCUCGGAGAGCGAGAAAAACCAACAGAAACUACUGUUUACACAUCUCUGGAGCCGCCACGCCACAGAUUUUUACCUCGUUUCAACCUUUUUCCCAAUGUUGGCCAAUGUCCAAACAGUAGCUCUACAUGGGGCCUUACGGGUAUUUAUUGCAGUCGCUGGCAUAAUUUGCGUACUGUGGGCGCCCGGGCCAUAAUGAGCGGCGGGCCUUUGGUCUGCCACUCUCUGGGGAGGAUGUGUGAAAAUUUUCAUUUCGGUCAGAAGCAACAGCAGCAGCAACAGCAGCAGAUGCAGCAAACCACAAAAUGUGCAUUCGAAUGGAGAUCUUUUGUUUGCCAGCUGGCUUUCACUGUAUUUGGCUACGCAUUUCACACGUCGAGUGGUGAAAAUCUCUCUCUACUGCUCUGGCUUUGCCAACAAACUCAAAGAUCGAAUACCAAAAUCAAAAUAUCCCCUGGAAAAACUCUGGUAAAUCAUGUCACAGGAAAGUAUUGACUGUGAUGAGCAGUUCCAGCGACCCAAGAAGACCCUCGUUCUGACCAUCUUCGCCCUGGCCGUCCUCAUGAAGCUGUGCAUUAUUCUGGUGGAGGUCCAUGACUUUGGAAAUUACCUGCAAGGAGAGGAAAAACAAAAGUAUAACAAUUAG